AUGGCCAAGGUGCCAUCCGGUCGCCCUAGCCCGCGUAAACUAGUGAUAGUUGGUGACGGGGCCUGCGGUAAAACCUGCCUUCUUAUGCGCUUCACCAAGGACGAUUUCGACCCUAACGGAUACAUCCCCACCGUCUUCGAUAACUACGUCGCAGACGUGACCCUUCCCGAUGGGACCGAAAUCGAGCUCGCGCUCUGGGAUACCGCCGGCCAGGAAGACUAUGACCGGCUGCGGCCACUUUCAUAUCCCGAUUCUCACGUGAUAUUGAUUGCAAUCUCGAUUGAUUCGCCAGACUCGCUGCAGAAUGUUUACGACAAGUGGAUCCAGGAGGUAACGCAUUUUUGUCAAGGAUUGCCGUUCUUGUUGGUGGGGUGCAAGAAGGACCUGAGGCAAGAUGAGAUUGCAAAGAAGGAUAUAAGAGAAAAGACGGGGAGGGAUCUGCUGGGGGUUGAGGAUGGUCAAAGGGCGGCAAGGGAGUUGGGCAUGAAAGGGUAUUGGGAGUGUUCGGCGAAGACGGGUGAGGGGGUUAAGACCGUGUUUGAAGAAGCGACGAAGAUCUCUUUGGAUGCGCCCAAGCUGGGCUCGAGGUGUCGGAGGGGAACGUGUGUUAUUGUGUAA